CAUUGCUCUCCAGGCUCAUGGUUGUCAACUCGAGGCUCCACAACAGUGGUUACUUGCUGGGAGGUGGACCGGAUGGGGUAGGAUGGCAAAGGCUGAUAAUGUGAGUGGAAGUGGUACAAAUGCUGAAAAACAUCUUGGUGAAUGAUCGUGUCUCAGACAGCUCUGCUCUCUGAAUUGCCCAUAGUUCCUGCACAGGAAACUGCAAAGUCUGUCCAAUGCUUGAUAAACUUUUCUUAGUUACAAAAUUUCACUCCAGCUGUGCACACAUCUCCCGAUUUACAGGACAGCGAAGUAUCCUCUGGCAUCACUCAAUCCCAGAAAGCCUCUCCCCUUCGGCACAGGUCAGCUCUCCACCUUUGGCUACAAGAAUGAAAGAAUGUGACGUCAGUGGAGGGUUGCCGAGCAUGAACGCAACUGUCAUAGCCUGGAGCACUGCACUUACACCAACGAAUGAAAGUAACCAGGCCAUUCCUAAAUGUGAUCCGGUGAUGCUGAUCCCAGCCCUUCCAGUCUUCAUCAUUUCCCUGAUUGGGCUGGCAGGAAACACGGUGGUGCUGUGGAUCCUGAGCUCCCACAUACGGAGGAACACCUUCUCUGUCUACAUCCUCAACCUGGCAGGAGCUGACUUCCUUUUCCUCUGCUGCCAGAUUAUUUGUUCACUGGAGAUACUCAUCAAAUAUUUCCAUUCCAUCUCCAUUGGCAUACCCUGCUUUCUCAUUACUGUGUCAAUCUUUGCCUACGUUGCAGGCCUCAGCCUUCUCAGCGCCAUUAGCACUGAGCGCUGCCUUUCCGUCCUGUGCCCCAUCUGGUACCGCUUCCACCGUCCUAGACACAUGUCAGCUAUCAUGUGUGCCCUACCCUGGACGCUGUGUCUGCUGCUGAGCACCCUGAAUGGAAACUACUGUGGCUUCCUGUUUAGGAAUCGUGACAAAGAUUGGUGUCAGGCAUUUGAUUUCAUCAUUCUUGGGUGGCUGAUUUUCUUAUUUGUGCUUCUCUCAGGGUCCAGCCUGGCCCUGGUCACCAGACUGCUGUGUGGCUCCCAGCGGGUGCAGCUGACCAGGCUGUAUGUGACCGUCCUGCUCACAGUGCUGGUCUGCCUCCUCUGUGGCCUGCCCUUUGGCUUCAAGUGGUUUCUGUGGUAUUGGAUGGAACAUCCUUGCAGCAUGUUCUCACAUUUUCUUAAAAGGACUGGUAUUAUCCUAGCUAGUCUUAACAGCAGUGCCAACCCCAUCAUUUACUUUUUUGUUGGCUCCUUUAGACAGCAGUGGAAGCAGCAGCAUACCCUGAAGUUGGUUCUCCAGAGGGCUUUGGAGGACGUAACCGAGGAGCAGAAAAGUAGAGGAAGCCUUCCUCAGGAAACCAGGAAGAUUUCGAGAAGCAAUUUUAUGUAG